GGCCGGAGAGCUGGAGCGGCAGCGCAGGCGGUCCGCGCCAUCCGACCUGCAGGAUGCCGCUGGGGCUGCGCGGGAAGAAGAAGGCGGCCAAGUCCAAGGAGGCCGCGCGCCUGGUGGAGGGCGAGAGGUCGGACGAGGGCGUCCCCGGACCCCCAGCUCCCGCACGCAGGAUGGUGUUCCACGCACAGCUGGCGCACGGCAGCGCCACGGGCCGAGUGGAGGACUUCUCCAGCAUCGGCGAGCUCUACGCCAAGAUCGCCGGGGUGUUUGAGAUCCCGCCGUCCGAGAUCCUAUUUUGUACUUUAAACACACCAAGAAUUGACAUGGGAAACCUCCUAGGAGGGCAGCUGGGCCUUGAAGAUUUCAUAUUUGCCCACGUGAAAGGGAUCAAAAAGGAAGUGAAUGUCUAUAAGUCAGAGGAUUUGCUUGGACUCACCAUCACAGAUAACGGCGUUGGCUAUGCUUUUAUCAAGAGAAUUAAAGACGGCAGCACCAUCGACUCAGUAAAAACAAUCUGCGUGGGAGACCAUAUUGAAUCUAUAAACGGAGAAAAUAUUGUUGGGUGGCGUCACUAUGAAGUCGCUAAGAAGUUAAAGGAACUGAAAAAAGAGGAACUCUUUACUUUGCAGUUAAUAGAACCUAAGAAGGCAUUUGAAAUAGGACCAAGGUCGAAAGCUGGAAAGACAUCAACAGAAAAAAUCGGCACUGCCAGAGGGACUCUUCGUCUGAGGUCAAAGGGUCCUGCCACCAUAGAAGAGCUGCCCUCUGAAGCCAAAGCAAAGGCAAUUGAAAAGGUUGAUGAUCUCCUUGAACUGUACAUGGGAAUUCGAGAUAUUGACUUAGCUACAACCAUGUUUGAAGCUGGAAAAGACAAGAGAAACCCAGACGAAUUUGCUGUGGCCCUCGAUGAGACGCUGGGAGACUUUGCCUUUCCUGAUGAGUUUAUGUUCGAUGUGUGGGGAGCCGUGAAUGACGUGAAACAAAGCAGAUGACGUGUGGGCAAGCUUGCUGCAGAAAUGACCUGAGUCCGCUUGAAGGCAGCCCUCUCAAGACCCUUAGAUACCUUUACGAACUCUGCUUUAGCGUCAUGUGUAUGAGAUACAGUCUUUGAAAUGUAAUUUGGAUUCAUGGAUAAUGUUUAAUAUAUAUAAAUCCUAUGUAGUAUGCUUAAGAUAAAUUAAUUAAAGUGUAAUCCAUUUCAGUGUUUGUUCAAAAGCUUUUAGAUUUUUUAAAGGAGAAUGUCUAUAUGGGUGAUUUUGUUUGCUGUUGACAUUCAGGCCUCACAUUCCACAUAAAAUACUUGACUACGACA